AUGCCACUCUUCCGCUCCUCGUCCGGCCUAGACGCCAUCCUCAACCGCCCAGAAGACGACGGAUUCGCAACCCAUCUCCUCUCCAACCCCCUCUCGACAAUAGCGAGAUACCUAUACGAGUUUUUUCCCGUCUCGCAUCCGGUGGUCAACCACAACGACGACGCCGUGACCGUAGUCUGCGUCUCCGACACGCACAACACCAAACCUCACCUGCCGCCGGGGGACAUCCUCGUGCACGCGGGCGACCUCACGGCCUCGGGCACGAGGAGGGAGCUACGGGAGGCGCUGGGGUGGAUUCGGGCGCAGCCUCACCGGUUCAAGGUCGUUGUUGCGGGGAAUCACGAUUCGUGUUUGGAUAAGAGAAUACGCAGAGAUGAUGAAGACGACGAUGACGACGACGACGACGACGACGACGACGGAUCACCUCUGGACUGGGGCGACAUCAUCUACCUAAGCCGCACAGCAACGACCCUCACGAUACCCCCUCGUCGCCCCAACGACGGGAACAGGACGUACGCUGAUCGCGAGAUCCGCGUCUACGGUAGCCCUUAUACACCUCGACACGGCAACUGGGCCUUUCAGUACCCGCGCUCCGGCGGCGCUGCCCCCUACUGCUCCUCCUCCUCCUCCUCCUCCUCCUCCUCUUCCUUGCGCAAGACAGACGUCGACAACGACACCUCCGCCGACCCCUGGUGUGGCACCAUCCCGCCCGGAACAGACAUCCUCGUCACCCACGCGCCGCCAAAGGGCCACAUGGACGACCCGCGCGGCCACUGGGGGUGCGAGAUGCUCCUGGCCGAAGUCUGGCGCGCGCGGCCGCGGCUGCACGUCUUUGGGCACGUCCACUGCGGUCGCGGGCGGGAGGCGGUCGCGUUCGACGGGUUGCAGGCGGCGUACGAGGACGUUGUCUUGUUGGAGGCCGAGGCUUUUGCGAUAGCUGGCGGGAGCGCUGUUGGUGUUGUUGGAGUUAGUCGUGUCGGCGGUGUGGUGAUAGCUUGGAUCAAGGCCUUGCUUGCUCUGGGCUGGUGUUUCUUGGUCUGGGGAUGGGUGCUGUGGUGGCGUGGGGGACGGAGGGGUACGGGGAGGACUGUGUUUGUGAAUGCUGCUGCUGUUGGGGGCUUUCGGGAUCGUUUGGUGCGGGAGGCUAUUGUUGUGAGGAUAUAG